AUGAAGCAAAAUAGUAAAAUUUUUAGUGAUCGAUCAGGUUCACGUGAUCGAUCUGAAUCGCCACGUCGUAGAAGCCGUUCGCGUUCGACAGAAAUAGCUGAACAACUUUGUCGUCUGCAUAUCUGUAAUUUCGAUGAAAGUAUUAAAAAGAAUGAUAUCGAAGAUGCUUUUUCGUAUGUUUUUUAUUCAUUUAAUAAUAAGUUAGUGGCAUUUUUUUCAUACCAAACUAAUUUUGAUUUGAAAAAAUUUGGCGAAAUCGACAAUAUAUGGUUAGCAUCUUAUCCACCGCUAUUUGCAUUUGUUACUUUUAAAGAUAAGGAUGAUGCAAGAGAUGCGUUAAAAGAAAUGGAUAAUGCGUACAUUGGUCGGAAUAGGAUCAAGGUAGCCAAUGCACAUCCACCGCGUAGACCUGGCGAGCGAAGACCACCUCGGCGUUAUGGUGGAUAUGGAGGAUUCAGGGGUGGCGGAAGUCGUUAUGGCGGAGGACCGAGAUAUGGUGGCAGAAGUGGCGGAUAUCGCGGUGGUGGCCCACGUUAUGGUGGUGGUGAUCGCUAUGGAGGAAGACGUCGCGAUUCAUUUGAUCCGUUAGAAAAGGGUCAGAGAACGCAAGAAAGCAUUCAUGUUUAA